AUGGAAUACUUCGUAUACGACCCAGAACUCCAGCUUCUCUGCUGUCGAACAUGCCGGAUCACGGUCACACACAAGCAGAUCAAGGUGCAUCUUCGCAGUGCUCCGCAUCAUCUUAGCACGAAGAUAAUCAAGGAGGCGCAGAAGUGGGCAUCUAAUUAUGAAGUCUUCCAGAGUCAGCAAGAAGCUCACGACAAUCUACCACCAAGGCCCGAUGAUGCACCGCCAAUUGCAGGAUUAGGUCCGCCAGGUACGGGGGGCAUUCGAUGCGAGUUUGCCACAGAGCACAGCACAUCCCCGCCAGAUUGCCGAUACGUGGGUACAGAGUUGCGACGGAUUCGAGAGCAUCUCAAGAUUGAACACCAGUGGGAUCUAGAUCUCAAGGGUGGACGUCGCUCAGCUGCUACGGCCGAAGAGGAAAGAAGCAACAGUCCGUGGAGGACUGGGGUGUAUUAUCAAAGAUUAUUCUUGCGAGGUCCGGGCAGCGAGCUAUUCGAGGUGGCAAGAGGACUAGAUCUCGAUCAGUCAAGGUCUCAAGACCACGGCUCGCAGGCCAGACUUCAAACGGCCAUUGACGCAUUUCAGAGAAAAGGCAAUGGCAUCCGGAGCCAAGAGGCAGGGCGUAUUGAUGCGGAGAAUGACUUUACGGCGCCGAAUCCAUGGCUCCGUCGGCUUGGUUCUGCUCUUCACUUAAAGGAAUUUAGCGGGAAAAAGGACUUUCUGAGGGACUUGAUCUCUAUGGAAUACGAAGUCGAUCCGAACGACCCAGACGAGUCAGACGACGCUCAACUACGGUUCGUACAUAUCGCAUUUGAUCGGAUGGUCAACCGCGCCAAGGCCGUCAUCACACCCGAAAAUGUCUCUUGGAAUGCUCUGUUCGAGGUCAACCGCAAGGAGCUUGCCAAGGAGAGGAGCAAGCCAUUUCAUUUCCGGUUCAAGCCCGAGACUCAGAGGCGAUACACGCUUGUGGUCAAACAACUACUCGCUUAUAUUGUUCGCUGUAUGUCUUUCGAAGACAAAGCAGAUCGGCCACCGUUCAAGCUGAGCAGGAGACAACAGAAUGCAUACGAUACGAUGAUGGAGCACGCAGACGACUUGACGGACGCUUGGAAGGACCAUGGCGGUGACCCAGAGGCUCCCGAAGUUUCUAAGCUUCUUAAUUUGCUCGAAAAUGACGUUUUGGAACUUUACAUAUCUGUUCUUGAUCAUUUCACCAAGGACACGGAGUAUGAUAGCGUUCUCGUCAGCUUCUUGACUGUUCUGAGCGUCCGUGCGGAUGGUACUUGGGAGGGCUAUGCGAAUUUCACCCCAAAGCUUUCCGCAAUCAUGGCAAUAUCCCGUCUCUGCAUCGUCAAGUACGCAGUUGAUCAGCGAGCCAAGGCCAUCAAGCAAAAGAUGCAGCAGGGCCAGAACCGAGAAGAGGCAGAGGAGAACAGCCCGAGCAACUUUGCGCUCAUAUCCGAGAUGACUCGCCGGUUCAUGGUUGGAGGAGGAGAGGGCUGGGAAACGACGCCAACGCAGUUUAUCAUCCGACUCCGAAACUUUGGCAUGGCUGCACAUAACAAUACGGCAUCCCAGGGGUCGGUAAGCUGGGAUAAGGAACACAUCGUCUUCAAGGGCAUCCGUCUCAGUGUUCUUGACGUACAGGCCAUGAUGAGAAUGGUAGUCCACCAGCUGGAAGAUGUACUGUAUAAGGACUUGCUGUUUUGCAGAGAGUUUUCUGAUCAGUCUCCGGCUGAGCUUGGCUUACCCGAGAUCCCGUGGGGUGAGCUCUUGGACAAUGCUGCUGACGAAACGAUUGGUCAUUCAUUUGUCGAUAAACUAUUCCAGCACGAUGGAGGCGCAAGCAAAGGUUGGGUCGUUCGAAAGAUAUUGCAGGACGAUGGCUUGAGGGCUACGUGGGUUAAAUCGGUGGGUGAUGGUGAUGGUGGCAUGGAGUUGAAUGCAAAGGCGGCAUAUCGAUAUGGUCUCCGGGUGGAGAAAGCUUUGGAGUUAUUGCUAUUUCUGGCGCAAUUGAGUGGCGGGUUUCCCCCAAGGGCAUAUGAGCUUCUCACGAUUCGACACCGCAAUACGGCCAACGGAGGAAUCCGGAACAUUUUGGUGGACUAG